AUGCGUUCCUUCAAUUACCUUUUCUUUAUCGGAAAUGUUGUGGCAGGCAGUUACUUGGCUAUCAUUGAGGGCAAUGACGGCGAGAACAACUGUAGAGUGUGGUCUGAGAAUACCCACGGCUGUACAGGCUACUCAGCAACCUUUGCUAAACUGAAAGGCAAAGAUUGCUCGGGUUUCAUUGGGGCCGGUUCCGACGAUAAAUCGGUGGAAGUUGAUAUAUGUGGCACUGAAAAUGGAGAGCAGGUUGCUUGGGUGACAGUCAACAAAAACGGCACAGUGUCUUUCCUCAACCGACAGGGAAACACGUCUAGUUGUAUGCUAGAAAACGGUCUUAAGGCGCCCAGUGGGUGUACUGGUUCCUCUCAGACGACCACGCCGAUCUCUGCAGGCAGCCAGCCCUCGUUCUCAACUGCAACCGGCACGUCCACUUCUGAAACAGCCCGUGCUGAUCAAUCUCCAACUCCGAUAUUCUCAUCGACGCCUACAGACAGUCCAUCUUUGGCUUCGAUUUCAGCCGGUAAAUCGGCUACUGGGACGCCCCGUGCUGAUCAAUCCCCAACUCCGAUAUUCUCGUCGACGCCUACAGACAGUCCAUCUUUGGCUUCAAUUUCAGCCGGUAAAUCGGCUACUGGGACACCCCUCGCAGAUCACUCUCCAACUCUCACGUCUACCCCAGUAUGCAAAUGCCCUUGCAAAUCUGCAGCCGUCUGA